GUGAAACUGUUAAUAGUCCCGGCUUGCUGCAUUCUGUGCCGUUUGCUGUGCUGGGGGCAGUGUUUGGGUGUCCUCUUGUGUAACAGAUGAAGGGUCAUGGACACGAGCCUCUGUUUUUUCUCUGUCAGAUCGGCCUUAAGCACUCGCAGCAUAUUUGGGCUUUAGUUUUCCUUGAGUAAAGCUGACUUCAUAGAGUUCUCUGGGAGUACGUUUUCCACCUUGAUACAACGACUGGGAGUGCAGUUAAAGGUUGGAGGAGAUACAAGGAGAAGGCACUGCACGGUGCUGGUUCUUUUGAGCUGGAGGAUUGAGGCUUUGUGUGCAGUCCAAGAGAAACAACUGCCAACCACUGCCACGUUUUCAGCUGUUGGUAAACAUCAGCUGCUGGUUGGCCUUGAGGGAGGAAGACUGAAUUAGUUCCAGAUGGAGAACUCUUUCAGGCCAUUUAGACUUUCCAGAUGAUUUAAGCCAGCAGGCAGAAAACCUGGAACAGGCCACAUGAAGAAGCACGUGGAGUUCAUUUUUAUGCAAGAUGUUCUUUGGAGGACCAAGUGCAGCUUUCCAGCAGGCCCUGGGAGAUGAAGCCUUGACCACGUGAUAUUUUUUGGGGAGUCAGGUGCUGUGCUAAAUCAACGCUGGUUUGUGCUGAGGACAAACAGCCGGUCCUUUAACGUCACCAUGUCGACCACGGCGAGCGCUCAGACUCCGGAGCCACCGAGUCCUCCCGCCCUGGAAGAAAAGCCAAAGGGGAAAUCCCUGUUCCAGCUGGGCUCCCUCUUUGCUCACAGGAGCGAGAAGCUGGUGAUAGCUCGCAGUGACAGCGUGCCCGAGGAGAAUGUCCUCAAGAUCACCAUCACGGAGACCACGGUCAUCGAGUCCGACCUGGGCAUCUGGAACUCCCACGCUCUCAUCUACCUCACCUUGUGGUUCUUCUUCAGCUUUUGCACUCUUUUUCUUAACAAAUACAUCCUUUCCCUGCUGGAAGGAGAGCCCAGCAUGUUAGGUGCUGUUCAGAUGCUUUCAACCACCUUCAUUGGCUGUAUAAAGAUGUUUGUUCCCUGCUGUUUGUACCAGCACAAAACCCGCAUCUCCUACCCCCCCAAUUUCAUCAUGAUAAUGCUCUUUGUUGGAUUGAUGAGAUUUGCAACAGUGGUGCUGGGCCUGGUGAGCCUGAAGAACGUGGCAGUUUCCUUUGCAGAAACGGUGAAAAGCUCAGCUCCCAUUUUCACUGUCAUCAUGUCCCGGAUGAUUCUGGGGGAAUACACUGGAUUGCUGGUGAAUCUGUCCCUCAUCCCUGUGAUGGGAGGGCUGGCUCUGUGCACAGCUACAGAAAUCAGCUUCAACAUCCUGGGCUUCUCAGCAGCUUUAUCCACCAACAUCAUGGACUGUUUGCAGAAUGUCUUUUCCAAAAAACUACUCAGCGGGGACAAAUACAGAUUUUCAGCCCCAGAGCUUCAGUUCUACACCAGUGCUGCUGCAGUGGUUAUGCUCAUUCCAGCUUGGAUCUUUUUCAUGGAUGUGCCUGUGAUUGGGAAAAGUGGGAGAAGCUUCAGCUACAACCAGGAUAUCAUCAUACUUCUCCUAAUAGAUGGAGUCUUGUUCCACCUCCAGAGUGUUACAGCCUAUGCCUUGAUGGGAAAAAUUUCUCCUGUGACUUUCAGCGUGGCCAGCACUGUGAAACACGCCCUGUCCAUCUGGCUCAGCAUCAUCGUGUUCGGGAACAAGAUCACCAGCCUCUCGGCCAUCGGCACUGUCCUGGUGACCAUCGGGGUCCUGCUCUACAACAAGGCCAAGCAGCACCAGCAGGAGACCCUGCACAGCCUGGCCACCCCCCCCCAGCCCACACAGGCUCCCUCAGAGGACACAGAGCCGCUGAUUCCCAAGGAUUUGGAGCCCUACGAUUAAUGUGGCCACUUGUUCUUCCGCCCGCGUGUAACUCAGAGGGACUCGUCCUGAAAGGGGCUGUUCCUCCAGCUGCUGAUGCUGUUGGGGUCCUUGGAGAGUUCUGGAAGGAUCCAGCCAGCCUUGAUCCCCUUGCUCCUGGGACCUUCAGCAGGAAGGA